GAGAACAAAAACAAAGCGGAGGGCCAGAGAGGCACCCGACCAACGGGCCACUUGAGAGAGUUCCCUCCAGUCCGCCCUCGGAGCCAGCAGCCGCCGCAGCCUUCAGGAUGCCAAACUGGGGAGGAGGCAAGAAAUGUGGCGUGUGCCAAAAGACGGUUUAUUUUGCUGAAGAGGUUCAAUGUGAAGGCAACAGCUUCCACAAGUCCUGCUUCCUGUGCAUGGUUUGCAAGAAGAACCUGGAUAGUACCACUGUGGCUGUUCAUGGUGAAGAGAUUUACUGCAAGUCCUGCUAUGGCAAGAAGUAUGGUCCAAAGGGCUAUGGAUAUGGGCAGGGAGCUGGAACACUGAGCACUGAUAAGGGGGAGUCGCUGGGCAUCAAGCAUGAAGAGACCCCUGGUCACAGGCCUACUACCAACCCUAAUGCAUCCAAAUUUGCCCAGAAGAUAGGAGGUUCUGAAAGCUGCCCUCGGUGUGGACAAGCAGUCUAUGCUGCGGAAAAAGUGAUUGGAGCUGGGAAGUCCUGGCACAAGUCUUGCUUCCGGUGUGCCAAGUGUGGCAAAGGCCUGGAGUCCACUACCUUGGCAGACAAGGAUGGGGAAAUUUACUGCAAAGGAUGUUAUGCCAAAAACUUUGGGCCCAAAGGAUUCGGCUUUGGCCAAGGAGCUGGAGCUUUGGUCCAUUCGGAGUGAAGCAGUUGACAGUGUUCCCAUUUCCCUUGCUCACCUCUGGGUCUCCCUGCUGGGCUCACAUUCUCCUCCUUUCACCAUUACCUUUUCCCUUCCCUCAAUCCUUUCUUUCUCUAAGUCCCUUUUUUGCCCAAACCACCCUAUCACUGCUAGACCCUGAGGAAAGAAGCAGUCCUUGGGAGAGUGUGAUGCUGGACCUUGACCAAGAAAGUAGGAGGCCUUAGAAGAAUCUCAGUGACUAUGAGGGAACCAUCAAGCUAGGACAAAUUUAUUCUGAGGGAUACAUCCGUGAUAUCUGCCAUUGGAAAGGGCAAUGUAUUUAAGCUAAUUUCUUAUGUAAUCAAUAAAGCUGAUUAAAAAAACCAAA